UGGAUUUGGUUAGUGAAAUUACUUGUAUGAGAGCAUUUUUGUACUUAUAAUUGGAGUGUGCGAAUGCUGAGUUAUCCAUUCCAUUGCAUAUGCAGCAAUAGCGACUCGUCAAGUAACAAUGAGUAUGUCUGCUGCUUCGUUGCCGUUAACGAGUUUGGUGCCUCCUCCCCGUGCUCUUUCUUUUCCCUAUUUCAAGUCCUUUCAUUUCCUCAUUCGCACCCCAAACCACAAAUUCUCCAAACGACUCGUUGCCAAUGCCGACUUCUCAUCUUCUGCUCCAACUUCAUCUACAGUUGAGGAAGAACAAGAAGAAGAAGAAGAAGAGAGCUACCAAGUUCUCUCGGCUAUGAAAAGUGACUACAAUGACAUAGUCAUUGUUGACACCCCAAAGUCUAGAAUGCUCCUCCUUGAUUCCACGCAUAAUGUUCACAGCAUUCUUUACAAGGAGCAAAAGUGGACUGGUUCCUACUGGGAUGAAUUUGCCAGCUUGCCAGCUAUUGUUCCUAAAGGUCCCAUUGCUAUCUUAGGUUUGGGUGGUGGAACUGCUGCUCAUUUGAUGCUUCACUUAUGGCCUUCACUGCAGCUUGAGGGUUGGGAGAUUGAUGAAAUUUUGAUUGAUAAAGCGAGAGAUUAUUUUGGCCUAUCUGAUCUUGAGAAGACAACAGAAGGUGGUGGCAUUUUAAAUGUUCAUAUCGGUGAUGUCUUCAUUCCAUCAGAGAAUUUACGCAGAAGAUAUGCUGGCAUUGUAGUUGACUUGUUUUCUGAAGGAAAAGUUUUGCCUCAGCUGGAAGAGGUAAGUACUUGGUUGGAAUUACAGGAGAGAUUGAUGCCUGACGGUCGCUUCAUGGUGAAUUGUGGUGGCAUUGAUGGGGAAUCCAGUCCAGAAUCUUUAUUAAGUGAUGAGACAUGGCUACUAAAUCCAACAUUGAAAGCAUUAUCCAAGGCAUUUCCUGGACAAUUAAGCUGGAAAAGAAUGCCAAAGGUUAGUGGUGAAAAUUUUAUGGCACUCACAGGAUCCAUGCCUGAUGUGGAAUCUUGGUCUGCAAGUGUCUCAUCUCCUCUAAGCUCAAAUGUUAAGGAUUGGAGACCUUGUGGGCAGGUUUCCUGAAUUUGAUACUAAUUUGUUCAUAAAUAAAAUAAAAUGAUUCGUAUUUAUUUAUAUAUUUUUUGAGAUAAGUUUAUUUUGAUA